AUGGUCUCCACUCAACGCACCAGCAAAGCCGCUGCCAAGGCCGACACCCCCACCACCACUGCCGCUCGCCGUGGUCCCGACAAAGCCCUGCCCGCCGCUCCUCGCAAGCAGGCCAAAGGCUCUCAGGCUCGCAAAGUCAUUGCGACUGCCGCCAGCAAGAAGGCGACCGUGAAGGGACAUGCUGCGCCCAAACGUCGUGGCAGACCCCGCAAGAACACGCGCGAUGAUGAUAACGAUGAUGACAUGGUUGCGCUGGCUGAAGACAAUGGCUCUGAUGACAUGGAUGUCGACGCUAGAGGCGAGGACGAGGACGAGGACAUUGAGGAUCCUGACAUGUCUCGUUUAUCCUCCCUCCCCCCUUCGUCGCCCAUUGCCUCCACCCGUGCCUCUGCGCUUUCCGACGAUGAGGAUGAGAAGCCUCCCCCACCCUCUCAGCCUAGGAACGUUAAGGCCAGAGCUCGCUCGCCUGAAUUAGACGAAGUUGAUGACGAUGAUGACGAUGACGAGGAAGAGUUCCCCAUCAAGCUCACUGCACGGGCUAAAGAGAAUGGCAAGGGCAAGUACAAGGCCUAUGUCGAGGACGUUGAUGAAGACGAGGAGGAGGCUGCGCAGUCUGAGGACGAUGCCGGCGCCGUUUUUGAUGAUGAUUGGGAAGAGGAACAAGCCAACGACACCGACACUGACAAGAGUGACGACGACGACGACGAAGAGCCUGCUCCCAAGAGCAAGACCAAAGGCAAGGCCAAGGCUAACGACAAGCCCAAGUCCACGGACAAGGGUAAGGGCAAGGCAUCUGAGGCCAAGCCGUCGAAGAAGAAGGGCCCACUCACCUUUGAGCAGCAGGCCAAGGUGGCCGAGGGCGGUGUCAAGGUCAGAGCCAUCCUUGAAGGUCUUGUCGCCGACACUGGCAAGUCGGCAAACUCCCUCCUCAAGGUCAUGCAAGUUGCUGUCCGUGGCACUCGUCAUACAAGUCUCUACAAUAUGACGAAUCAUUGGGCCAAGGUGAAUUCCAUGUUUGCUGGUGAUCCUGAACGUACCGAGAAAGUCCGCGACUUCUACAAGAAGAUGAUGGCUGACUCUGACCCUGGCGCCUCUGUCUCUGACAGGCGCAGGAAAGUCGCUAACGCUCGUAUCAAGGAGAUCAAAGCGACCUGGGCUAAGUACAGCAAGGUCAACGUCAAGUCGGCGGGCAAGACCAGUGCUGUGCUCCAGGACAACCUCGACUACUUUGCGGGCGAGGCUUUCAGGGCGUCAACUAUGGACCAGGUUGAGGUCGUUGGGCUCUGCAUCAACAAGUCCCUUGACCCUAGUCAAGGCUCUGCGACUGGUUGGUUUACUGGUGAUGAAACCUUGCUCGCCGUCCUCAAGGAGAAAAACAUCAACAUGGCUGGCAUUGCCAAAUGGGUCGCCUCCAUGCUCUAUUCAAAGACAUUUGAGGCUGCUAUGCAGGUCGAGUUGCCCAAACCCUUUGUGAAGGUUGCCCAGGCUGAAGACGAAAGGCCAGCCAACCCUCGUGACCAGCUUCGUUCUGUUGCCACAGGCAUGUUUUAUGCCAAGUACAAAGCAGCUGGCUAUACUGGGUCUCAAAUGACCUACAAGCUCAUCGUGAAGAGCCUCAUCAAGAACAAGAUAUGCAUCUAUAACUGGCCUAUGACAAUCUCUGAGCGUCCCCUUGGUGCUGACAACUUCAACCUCAACGAACUUCGACACGAGGCACUCUGGGUCUUGUGCUACCUGUGGCUCCAGCAGAAUGAGCCCGACCGCCUCACUGCCUUGUCCCCCGCGGAGCCAUACAAGCAGCCCAGUGCCCCUGACCGCGUGGGCAAGAACCCAGAUGCACAUGACUACCAGGGUGAUUUGGCUGCACCUGCAGUUGAGUUUCGACCUUGGUCAAAGGAAUAUGCUAGGAUUUGGGACACUGCGAGGUUGCCUUGUCGGCUCCCCUUAGUGAUUGCUGUCGACAAGACUGUCUUACUUUGGGUCCGGCGUGAAGGUGGUGUUGUCAACAUCAGGCAGCGUAUCCCAGCUAACAGCCCUGCUGCUGUCAACCCUAUCGUCCCUGACACUCUCCUCUUAAAUGAGGACGAGGAUUAUGUCCCUACGUCGGAGCCUGAGGAAAUGCCGCUGCUCCUGCCUUCAAAGAAGUCAGCUACCCGUGUUGCCUUGGGUAGCAACAAGCAUGGGGCUCCCCACCUUUCUCGUGGUGAUAUCCACCCCUCCCAGCUUCGAGUUCAGGCCAAAGCAGUUCUGGCACCUCCAGUGAACUUGCAGACUCGUCCUUCGCAAGCUCCUUCUGUUCGUGCGCCAUCGGCUACUCGCUCAGUUCGCUCGGAGCCUGGUCCCUCGGCUCGUCCUCCCCCUGUUUUCCUCCCCCCUGUCUUUCGUCCUCGUGAGAUGCAGGCUUCGAGGUACAGCCAGGAUGGACCUGUUGCUGAGUCAAGUCAUCAGGCUGUGGAGCGGCAGGCUAGAUCGUCAAACCUUCGUCAUUAUCAAUCCAAGUAUGCUCGGGACCAGAUGUCCCAUUCCAACUUAGAGGAAGAGCAGGAUGAUGACUGCUGA